AUGGGCAGGCUAAUGAAACUUGCGACUUGCUCGCUGAACCAGUGGGCGUUGGAUUUCGAAGGCAAUCUCGCCCGCAUCAAGCAGAGCAUCCACCAGGCCAAAUCCCAAGGCUGUACCUUGCGAGUUGGUCCCGAACUCGAGAUCUGCGGUUAUGGCUGUCUGGACCACUUCCUUGAAGAGGAUAUAUACACUCACAGCUGGGAGAAGCUCCUCGACCUUUUAACGGACGAGAGCUGCCAUGGCAUCCUCAUCGAUGUGGGAAUGCCGAUUCAGCACAAGAACAAUCGUUACAAUUGUCGUGUUAUCGCAUUGGAUGGCAAGAUUCUUCUAAUCCGGCCUAAACUUUUCCUUGCCAACGAUGGAAACUACCGUGAAAUGCGGUACUUUAUCCCCUGGCGCCCAAAGCUGGUCGAGGACUUCUAUCUUCCCGAGCCCAUUGCCCGCCACCAGGGAAGCCACACCGUCAAGAUAGGUGACGCUGUAAUCCAGACGAAGGAUACAUGCCUGGGAGCGGAAACCUGCGAAGAACUCUUCACUCCUCGCGCGCCUCACAUUGAAAUGUCCCUGGACGGUGUCGAGAUCUUCACCAACUCCUCCGGUUCUCAUCACUCCCUCCGGAAACUGGAUCAGCGCAUGUCACUCAUUCUUGGAGCAACAGCUUUGAGCGGCGGUGUCUAUCUCUAUGCUAACCAACAGGGUUGUGACGGGGACCGCUUGUACUACGAUGGAUGUGCGAUGAUUGUGGUAAACGGCAAGAUAGUCGCUCAGGGGUCGCAGUUCAGUUUGAAUGAUGUCGAGGUCGUCUCUGCGGUCAUCGAUAUCCAGGAAGUACGGAGUGCGAGAUUUGCUCCCUCACGUGGGCUGCAAUCUCUCACUACUCAGGCGGCGUAUCAGCGUGUCGAAACGGACUUCAGUCUUUCUUGGGGUCUGGAUUUCGACCCUUCUGUUACCCCUUCCGAGAAACGGCCACCGCGGAUUCAUCUGCCUGAAGAAGAGAUUGCGUCGGGCCCUGCCUGCUGGCUGUGGGACUAUUUGAGACGAAGCAAGGCGGCUGGUUUCUUUAUCCCGCUUUCAGGAGGGAUAGAUUCGUGUUCGACGGCCACUUUGGUGUUCUCCAUGUGUCGCAUCGUCAUGCAAGCCCUAAAGGACGGUAACAAGCAAGUAGAAGGGGAUGUAAAGCGUUUGACAGGGGCCUUCGAGGACCCCGAGUGGAUGCCGAAGACCGCACAAGAACUCUGCAAUAAAAUCCUUCACACCUGUUAUAUGGGCAUGGAAACCCAAUCGAGCCAGGAAACCCGCUCCAGAGCCGAGCGACUAGCCAAAGACAUCGGGGCCUACCACACCGACCUGAACAUCGACAGCGUCUUCCACGCCGAGAAGAACCUCCUCACUCAGGCCACAGGCUUCGAGCCCAACUUCAAGGUCCAUGGCGGCACAGUAGCGGAGAACCUUGCUCUCCAGAACAUCCAAGCUCGCACCCGCAUGGUCACAGCAUACUACUUCGCACAGCUCCUCCCCACGGUCCGCAACCGCAAAGGCGGCGGCAGUCUCCUCGUGCUCGGCUCUGGCAACGUCGACGAGUGUCUCCGCGGCUACCUCACAAAGUACGAUUGCUCCUCCGCCGACAUCAACCCCAUUGGCAGCAUCUCCAAGACCGAUCUCAAGCGCUUCAUCCGCUGGGCCUGUAUUGAAUUCCAACUGCCCAUCCUUGAGGAGUUCAUCAAUGCUACGCCUACUGCGGAGCUCGAGCCCAUCACUUCGGAUUAUGUGCAAUCUGAUGAGGCCGAUAUGGGAAUGACAUAUGCAGAGCUUUCGAUAUUCGGCAAGCUGAGGAAGGAGGACAAGUUGGGACCUUAUAGUAUGUUCUUGAGGUUGUUGCAUGAUUGGAAGGAGCAGUAUGGGCCUAGGGAGGUGGCGGAUAAGGUCAAGAGGUUCCAUCAUUUUUAUGCAAUUAAUAGGCAUAAGAUGACCACGAUGACCCCUGCGUAUCAUGCUGAGGGAUAUUCUCCUGAUGAUAACCGCUUCGACCUGAGACCCUUCUUGUAUCCCGCUUUCUUCUCUAGCUGGAGCUUCAAGAAGAUUGAUGAGGUUGUGGACAAAUUGGAAAAAGGGCAGAGUAUAUAAAUGCGUGUACGCAGGGAAACAAAACGCACACGGAUCAGCCACCCUGCCUGACCAUCCGAAACGGUUCAAACAGACGCUAGAAC